UCGGCAUCAUCCGAAACCAAGGUCGUGAUAGUAGCAUUGUGGUAAACGUGGAUUUCAAUCUCUCUUGACGGACAAGUUUAUGCUGACAGGAUAAACAUUUCCGGCAGGAUUAUGUAAAUCACGUUUAUACUGUGUUUUUCUUGGGGAAUACAAUUGAAAGCAACUUAAAUAGGAAUUAGAUCAAUUUGUUUCGCCAAAAUCACUCAAAAAUCCCUUUGCAUACCCGAUUCUGUAAGAAGACGAGAGAACACCGACAGUCGAGGUCUGUAACAAUCCAAUGAAAUGACGCGAUUAAUACUCCGUCGCGACAGACGGAAACGAGUUAAAACUUAGUGAUUUCUCUGUUUAACUGCGAUUGUGUCAAUAGAAAAAUGCUUGCGUGAUUUAUUAGCGCGAGGCCUGCGUGAAGAAGCCCCUUGUAGAGGCUUGGGUGACGAGGACUUCACACGAUAGAUAGCGGUGAUGAAUCAACGCGUUAAGAGAGUAUCUGUAUGAUCACUUGGCUGUGUAAGGCGUGCUGCAAUUAAAAACCUGAACAAGGGGGCGGGAUGUGGGCUCACCAAGACAUGACAUAUGACAAUAGACGGUUUGGUGUGUACCUAGAAAGCUCUCGCUGACAUCUACUCUGAUAAGAAUGUGACGUGUGAUAGUAUCAAAGCCCUGAAUCACCCUGAAAACGACCAUAAGUUCUGCAUUGUAUCCCUAACAGCAAGUGGACGUACCAUUGAAAACAAUCAAUGAAACUGCAGCUUGUUGUAGCAAGCUAGGCUCUGCGUUAGGGUGGUCACAAUUGAUAUUUCUGUAAUCACUGGUGACAAGCAAGGAUGUCAAGUCCUUAUCAAAAUCGCUCUGCAAAUACUCAGGAUGAAGACUGUGUGAUGGCACAUGUCUAAUGUCAAACUAAGGCAAACACCAUGAACCUGCGUGGCCAUGAAGUAUUCAGCCAGUCUUGACAUAUGUCUAGUGUCGCAAGAGCUCAACGGACGCUGUCAAACGGACAUGCCUCAGAGAUAAUGAGCUCUAUUUGAAACCAUUUACUCGACAGCUAGCAUACAGAAAUGAAUUCCUUUUCCAUAAAAGACAUUCUUAAUAGACAGGCCGCGGAAGAUAGGUUAUCAAAGAUGCAGAAAUUCAAGAGAGACGACGGACAGGCAGAAGCAGCCCACAGUGAACUUGCUUCUUACAGCAAAACAGUUGUCUCUGAGAUCCAACACAUGGAACGAGCACUUCGAGCGUGUGAAGAUACAAGAGACCGAGAACAGGCUCGAGUCGACAAUGGCUCCGGAUUACAGGACGUGCCCAAGUUUACUACCAGCUCUCAUGUGAGGAAAAAGAAAAGAAGAAUACUCUUCACCAAAUCUCAGAUCUUUGAGCUGGAGCGUCGAUUUCGACAGCAAAAGUACUUAAGUGCCAACGAGAGAGAGCAACUGGCUCGUAUAAUAGACCUUACUCCGACUCAGGUAAAAAUAUGGUUCCAAAACCACCGCUACAAGUUCAAAAAACAAAUCGGAGAGAAGGAUCAGUUUUAUAGGGAUGUAUCAGCAGCGUUUUGCUCGAGUGUCGGAGCGCCAACAGCACCAAGAACUGUUCCCGUACCUGUACUCGUGAAAGAUGGCUUACCGUGCUAUGAUACUACGGGGAAAAAUCAACCGCAGCAAAUGAUUCCGUACGAUUACGAGACCGCCGAAUACCCUCUACCAGUUACACAUUCAUCCGCAGUGUCGUACCACGCUCCAUCGUAUCCGUUUUGGGCCUAUUAAUGCUAAAUAUCCCUUAAGGGUAUUCUUGUUAAGCCUUUCGGAAGAUAUCCACGAUGUGUGACUUAAUCGUUGUAUUGUGCAGCAUGGAGCUAUCGUUCUGCAGGCCUGCUAGUCUAACGUGUAAAUAUUUCAUAGACGGUUUUGUAAUGGAGGUUAUUAGAUUUUUCAAGGCCGAUAAGAAAGAAACGUUACAGAGAUAAUCGUCAUGAUCAUCCUUAAAUUAAGUAAAAGGAGCGAUUUUGUAGAAAAUGCUUUGUAAAGAGAUGUGUGACUUUAUAUAAAUGAGAAAAGCUUCAGUA